AUGUUGUCACUUCAUCUGACUCACCUGCCACUGUUGUCGCCAGUCACUUGCAAGACAUUCGGCAGCGGUGUGGUCCAACCUUUCAACGGCUCCAGUUACUACUUGCGGUCCACCUGCAGGGUCACCCUCAGCCGCUUCACACACAACCGCGUGGACUGCGACAUCAGCGCCCGGCGGGGGGACAACGGGCUGCUGGUGGAAGUGGAGAUCACUAUCAAUAAAGUCCAAACGGUCCUGAUGAAUGGAAACAUCCUUGUGGAGUCAGAAAGCGUCUCCCUUCCCUACGACCACACCUACCAGCACGUCUUCCAGUACGGCAUCUACACCAGGCUGAGGAGCAUGCUGCUUCCUCUCACGGUCACCUGGCGUGACGUACCUGGAGGAAUAGACACGCUUUGGGUGGAGAUGCAGCAGGAGAUGACCGCAGACAUGAGUGGACUCUGUGGGAAACACAACGUUGAGGGUGAUAAGCAGAAGCUGAUUACGGACGCCGUGCACACUGAAGACACAUGUCAAACCAGGGAUAUGAUUGCUGUUUAUAAUGCUAAAUGUAGAGAGAUGAUAUCAUUAGUGUUGGAUUGCCUUAAAACAACAGGAUCUCUUUAUAUUGAACUUUGCGAAGUGAACCUCUACCUUUACGAGGACAGCUCCUAUGUGGGCUGUGCGUUCUUCAGAGAAGUGGUACACCAGUGUGGAAAUGAACGCCAUGUUGCGAGCAGAUGGAGACGUGUCACCCAGUGCGACGAACCCAGUUGUCCAGGAGACCUCAGCUAUGUAGAAGAAGGUCCUGCAUAUGUGCCCAGCUGCUCAACCCCCAGAUCUUCUGACCGAGACCUCACCAACUCUUGUGUCUGCUCAGAUGAUGAGGUGUUAAACGAUCAUGCCGAUAGUUUCCAAUGCAUCAAUGCGUCCAGCUGUCCUUGUGUCUUUGCUGGCCUGAUCUACUCUCCUGGGGACAGACGCAGCACCAAGUGUCAGUCGUGCGUGUGCGAGGCCGGGAAGUGGCAUUGCUCUGACAACUACUGUCCAUCGCAGUGUCUCAUUGAAGGGCCUUACGUGACAACAUAUGAUGGAAAAGAGUACGUGGUGCCUGGUGGAUGCACAUAUUUGGCUUCAAAGGGCCAAAACUGGUCGCUAACAAUCGAGUUCUCGGAAAAGGGAGCGUUUGUAAAAGCUGUUGUCCUCGAGCUUUUCCAGGAUGUGUACACAUUCGCACACAACACCGUGCGUUUUGGAGAGGAGGAUGUUACAGAGCUCCAUCAGUCUGAUCACGCCAUCGUUUUCUGGCAAUCGUCCACGUACGUGCACGCCAGCACAUCCUUUGGUAUGGAGAUGCAAGUCCUGAUGUUCCCCGAGAUGCAGCUCUACAUCACCGCAUCUGAAGACAGCCCGACAACUGUAUUAGGUCUCUGUGGAAACAGCAACAAUGAUACCAAAGACGACUUUACAUCUAGUAGCGGGAUAAUCGAGAACUCUGCACAAAUGGUUGCACAUUCUUGGAGUGUGGGUAACUGUGGGCAAGUCAUCGACCGCUGCAUCAACACAGACUAUGAAUUAUUUGCUGAUGAGAAAUGUGCCGUGUUGAACGACCCUAGUGGCGUAUUUGCCAAGUGCCAUGGUCACGUCGCACCUGAUGGGUACCACAAGGCUUGCAUCCAGAGAACGUGCAACUGUGCCACCACAGUGACCAGCUUACAAGAGUGUUUGUGCGUCGCUUUGGCCAGCUACGCCAAAGCAUGCGCGGAUCUGGGCACGGCCGUCGGCGACUGGAGGCGCACGAGCGACUGUAUGCAGACGUGUGAAAAGAACCAGGAAUUCUCCUACGACACGCGGGCUUGCAAUCGCACAUGCAGCUCCCUGUCGGGCCCGGACCCCCGCUGCGGGCUGGGUGGCGGCCCCGUGGACGGCUGUGGCUGUCCCGAAGGCACGCACCUCAAUGAAGGCCGCAGCUGCGCGCCCAAGGCGGCGUGUACGUGUCGCUACGCAGACGCUACUACGCCACCUGGGCCUGUUGUAAUUGAUGGAAGACAAUGCGCUUGUGAGGAUGGAGCACUGACUUGUUCGAAGGAUUGUGGCUGCAGCAAUGGGAAAAUAUGUGUUCACUGCUCAGAGCAACAAGUUAAAACCACUCAGAAAACAUGCGACAGCCUGAGUAAACCACUGAGUGGAAACUUGAACUGUGUGAGCGGCUGUUACUGCCCACACCACCAGUAUGAAGAUCACACAGGAAAAUGUGUGUCCCUGGACAACUGCACCUGCGUGUAUAGCGGCAGAGUGUUCAGUGUGGGGGACACGGUCAAAAGCAACUGUAAAACAUGCACCUGCUACAGGGGCCAGUGGCAAUGCAUAAGUGAGCCGUGUACCGAGAAGUGUCAACUAUUUGGCAAUGGACACAUUCAGACCUUUGACUCCAAAUGGUACCGCUUUGACGGACACUGUCAAUACACUCUUGUCGAGGAUGGUUGUGGAACAGGAAAGGGUACUUUUUCUGUCAGAGUGGAGAGUGUACCUUGUUGCGAUGAAGCCCUCACCUGCUCUCGCACCGUCACUCUGGAAAUAAAGGACCAAGUCACGUUAACGUUGAGCGACACGGGGGUGACCAGAUACCUUCAUACGGCCUCGUCUCUGCCGGAGAGCUCACUCUACACCGCCCACACUGUGGGACUCUACGUGGUGAUCUUGGUGCCGAGCAGGAACAUGACUCUCAUCUGGGACAAACACACCCGCAUCACCGUGGAGCUGUCUUCCACCUGGAGGCGUCGGGUAUGCGGCCUUUGCGGAAACCUCGAUUCCAACGAGAUGAAUGAUCUUCAAAUACGUGGCUCUGCAGUGAUGGCAAACCCCCUUGCCUUCGGAAACAGCUGGAAAACGGCCACGCCUCCGUGUUCGGAUGUGACCGCCAACGUAUUCCCGUGCGAACACAACUCCUACUGCUUGGCCUGGGCCCAGCGGCGCUGCAUGAUCCUGACCGGGGACGCCUUCAAAGACUGCCACCUCAAAGUAGACCCGCAGCCCUACUACCACAGCUGCGUGGAAGAGUCCUGCUCCUGUGAAUUUGAAGGGAAGUUCUUGGGCUUCUGCACGGCCGUGGCAGCCUACGCAGAGGCCUGCAGUGAUAAAGAUGUCUGCGUGAAAUGGAGAACGCCCGAUUUGUGUCCGGUCUACUGCGACUACUACAACGAGCAGGACCAGUGCACCUGGCACUAUGAAGCCUGUGGACGAGUCCAAACCUGUGGCAAAAGCAGCCAUUCCUCGUUCAAGCUGGAAGGUUGCUAUCCCAGAUGUUCCAAAGACGCUCCAUACUACGAUGAAAACAGAGGCAUAUGCACCCAAUUGACGGACUGCACCUGCUAUUUUAAUAACACCAUUAUCCAACCAAGAAGAGUGGUGAUGAUUCAAGGAACUGAGUGCUCUUGUGUAAACGGAACAAUCAAGUGUGAGGCGCCACAACCUACUACACAAACCCCAUCUUCAACUGAGCAUCCAUCAAGUACUCCAACAUCCUCAACCACGACACAAUGGACCACAGCCCCGAAUACUACAACACCAUCGACCACACCAUUGACCACGGCGACACAGUCCACCACGGAGACACAGUCCACCACGGCGACACCGUGGACCACAACAACAAUGCACACAAGUGCAGAGACCCCGACCAUCAGUGUGCCGCCGACCACGCCGCAACCAACAACCUCGCAAAGCUCCACAACGCCAGAGGCGCCACCACCUACUGCACAAACCCCAUCUUCAACUGAGCAUCCAUCAAGUACUCCAACAUCCUCAACCACGACACAAUGGACCACAGCCCCGAAUACUACAACACCAUUGACCACGGCGACACAGUCCACCACGGCGACACAGUCCACCACGGCGACACAGUCCACCACGGCGACACAGUCCACCACAACAACACCGUGGACCACAACGACACCGUGGACCACAACAACAAUGCACACAAGUGCACAGACCUCGACCAUCAGUGUGCCGCCGACUACGCCGCAACCAACAACCUCGCAAAGCUCCACAACGCCAGAGGCGCCACAACCUACUACACAAACCCCAUCUUCAACUGAGCAUCCAUCAAGUACUCCAACAUCCUCAACCACGACACAAUGGACCACAGUCCCGAAUACUACAACACCAUCGACCACACCAUUGACCACGGCGACACAGUCCACCACGGAGACACAGUCGACCACGGUGACACCGUGGACCACAACAACUAUGCACACAAGUGCAGAGACCUCGACCAUCAGUGUGCCGCCGACUACGCCGCAACCAACAACCUCACAAAGCUCCACAACGCCAGUGUGUGAGUGCGUGGACCUAAGAAGCAAGACAAAGUGGAUUUGUGGCGAAAUGUGGACCGAAGACUGCUUCCACAAGAAAUGCACUGAUGGCAAGAUAGAGAUGACUUCGGUGGAUUGUCCAGAGACUGAAUGUCCCUCCUGUCCCAGGGGGAAAGCUGUGAAGAUCUCUGAUGGAUGCUGUGAAACUUGGACAUGCGACUGUGUGUGCGACAUCUACGGCGACCCCCACUACACCACCUUCAGUGGCGUUCCCUUUGACUUCCUGGACGAGUGCACCUACAUCCUGAUGGAGGAGACGAGGCCGCGUCAUCACCUCACCAUCGCCAUUGACAACUUUGACUGUAACCUCCCCGGCUCCUGCGCCAAAGGCGUCAUCUUGCGCUAUAACAACAACACAGCAAGGCUUACUGUCAUACCAGGAGGGUCGGCGGUUCAGGCGACCUUGAAUACUGAGAGCAUAGAGCCGCCAUAUGAACAGCUUGGGUUCAGGUUUGAGACCACAGGCUAUGUGGUGUCAGUGUACCUUCCACAGGUACGCUCCCAUGUCUCCCUCACGCCGUACUACACAGUGGAGGUCAGUUUGGCGAUGGAGCACUUCCUGAUGAACACUCAGGGGCAAUGCGGAGUAUGUGGCGGGGACUCGUGCAUACGCAAAGGCGGGCAGGUGGAAGUGGACGACUGCUGUGAUGAGACAGCCUAUGAUUGGAUGUUGAAUGAUUCAACGAAACCAACUUGCGCCCCAAGAAAUGUCGUCUGUGACCCACGGCCUACGCUUCCUCCCAGCACUCCCUGCCCUGAGAGCUUGUUAUGUCAACUUCUGGACCGCCCAGUUUUUGACGGCUGCAGAGCGUUUGUCGAUGUUCAACUUCUAAAGAAAAACUGCGAGUUCGAUUCCUGCUGGAAGGGAGAGUUUGCCUGUUCCUCUCUGGAACAAGCGGCCAGGCAAUGCCAAGACGCCACCGGCCUUUGUAUCCAAUGGAGAACGCUCACAAACGGAUCAUGCGAUAUAAAUUGUACAGAAGGAUUAGUGCAGAAAGAAUGUCAUAGCAAGCUGGACGACUUCUGUUAUGGAGGGACACCACAUCCAGGGUCCCCUGUCAGGAACAACAGUGCAGGAUGCGUCUGUCCAGAGGGCCACAUUAGGGCAGGAUAUUACUCGGAUUUCUGCGUAAGAGACUGUUUAUUUUGUAAAGGAGCCAUGGGUGAGCCCAAGAUGCCGGGUGAAGAGUGGCAGUCCAACUGUUACAUCUGCACUUGUAACAAGCAAACUCUGACAGAGGAGUGCCACCCCAGGCCUAGAUUGGCAGCUCUUUGUGGCCCCAACUCUGUACCGGUGACCAAUUGUUGCGGCGACCAGACUUGUGUUGAGAAGACGUGCAGUUAUAAUGGCACCACGCACAAGGUGGGAGAGCGGUGGAAAGACGCUGCUGAUCCAUGUGUUGCAUUAAGUUGCACGGCAGACGGCGUUCAAAAGGAGACACCAGCCUGUCCUGAGGUGGACAAAACGUGGGAUGACCAACACUGCUGUUACACAUGCAAACAGGACUGCGCUCCGAGGAUGUCCAGUAUAAACAUCAGCAUGGACAGCUGCACCGCCACCCUGCAGGUUCCUAUGUGCCAGGGCCAAUGUGUGUCUCAGACCAGGGUGGCGCUGGAUAGCAUCCUGCAGGUGGAGCAGAUCUGGACCUACUGCCAGGAGCUGGAAUCGGAGUGGAGAUCAGUGACCCUGCAAUGUUUGGACCUGACGAGCCGACAUUUCACCUACAAGCAUAUCACCAGUUGUGGCUGCACAAACUAAAACAAAAACACACAACGCGGGGAUGAUUUAUCUUGUAUUGCAAUUAAGUAUGCAUUGUGUCAAAUAAAGCUUUUCCCCCGAAAUAAUUAUUUUUUUUUGCACUGUUUUUUUCUAUCAUUCACAAUCCUAAUGUAAGGCAAGUGUUAUGAGCCGCUGCCCGGAUCAUAUUUUGAUUUAGGUUUUUGAGUCUUUUUGUGUUUUCUGUUUCUAUUGGACUUUUUCGGUUCCUGGUUGUACUUCCUUGUUUAGUCUGUCACCAUAGUUACGCAUUAAUUUCACCUGCCCCUUGCUUUUGACGCGCACCUGUUUUAUGAUUGCUGUCCUUAUUUAAGCCUGCCUUUUCCGUUCAUUCCGUGACGUCGGGGUGGCAUCGUGGCGUGUGUUUGCGUUCUCGUGGUGCAGCGGAGAUGGAACACAGCAUUAAGGUAGGAAUGAUGAUUUAUUCCUAACUACAAAAAGAAACUAAUAACAGAAAUACUGGCACAUAGGCACUACAGACAAAACAAACAGAACUAGCGUGGAAGCUAGAAUGAACAGAAAGCGCUAGUAUGUAAACUAGGGACGAGUAAACAAACAAAAUAGCAUGGAAGCUAACGAGUGAAACAAGAUAUUUACCACAAUGCGGGAAGAUCGACGUCACUUGUUGCGUGUAGCAAACUAUAGUCCGAGAACGAAUGACAAACAAGGGCGGUCUUAAAUAACGAGAUAAUUAAUCAAAUCAGGUGCGUGACGACAAACAAGAAAUAAGUGACACUAAAUGAGUAACCAUGACAACAGAAACCAAGCAGGAAGUGCCACCGGGAACCAAAGACGUCGAAUACAACACAGGAUGAUAACAAAACCAGAAUAUGACAUGGUCCAAGACGUGGACCAUGACACAUUCAGCCUUGCUUCCUAGUUUGUGUUUCGCGCAACAGUGACGACUUUGAUUCCUGAUUCUGAUUACCAGUUCUGCUUGUGCUAGCUUGCAUGCUAAGUUCCUUUGUUAUUUCUGCAGCUCCCAUGCUAGCUCUUUUGGUUUGCCUUUUGUGCCUUGUGCAAGUUUUUCUUUCUUAGUCUGUUUUAUAUUUUAAAAUAAAUCUUUGUUUCUUACCUCCA